AGAUGCAGCGAGAUCUAUGGACUUCUCUCCUGCUCGUAUGGAUUACUUGUGUGCCGUACUCUUCCAUGGCUCCGUUAAACAAUCAGUCACAAAGUUUACAAACGGCAUCAGCCAUGAUCCCGCGAAACCGGCCAAGCGAAGGACAAAGAAUCCUCAGUCGUGCCAAGAGAGGAUGGGUUUGGAAUCAAAUGUUUGUGUUGGAGGAGUUCUCUGGACCCGAUCCAAUUCUGGUUGGCAGGCUCCAUACGGAUUUGGACAUGGGGAAUAAGAACAUCAAGUAUGUGCUGGCAGGGGAAGGGGCAGGCACCAUCUUCGCAAUCAAUGAGAGGACGGGGGACAUUCACGCCAUGAAAAAGCUAGACAGGGAGGAGAAGGCUGAGUACACGCUCACGGCACAGGUCAUCGACAGAGACACCAACCAACCUCUGGAACCACCAUCAGAGUUCAUCAUCAAAGUGCAAGACAUCAAUGACAACCCCCCACAGUUCAUUGAGGGGCCUUACAAAGGUUCAGUGCCAGAGAUGUCCCAAGUGGGUACAUCAGUAACAAGACUAACUGCAACUGAUGCGGACGAUCCAGUGUAUGGAAACAGUGCCAGACUGGUCUACAGCAUUCUGGAGGGCCAACCUUAUUUCUCCAUCGACCAAACCACUGCAGUCAUUAGGGUGGCUCUGGCAGGGAUGGAUCGUGAGAUGAGGGAAGAGUAUCUUGUUGUCAUUCAAGCAAAAGACAUGGGGGGUCACAUGGGCGGAUUGUCAGGAACCACCACUGUGACAGUCACGCUAACCGAUAUCAACGAUAACCCACCAAAGUUCACAAAGGGCUCUUAUGAGUUCACUAUUCCUGAGGAUCUUGGCAUCGGGAAGCCUGGAGGAAGAGUAAAAGCGAAUGACAGAGACAUCGGGCAAAAUGCUAAAUCAACUUACAGCAUCAUAGGUGGAGACGAGAGGGAUAUCUUUGAGAUUGUCACUGAUGCUCAGACUCAGGAGGGAAUCCUCAGACUCAAGAAGCCUCUGGACUUUGAGUCAAAAAAAUCCUACAACCUAACAGUGGUGGCGACGAACAUACGUGCCGAUUCGAUUACGGGUGGGCCAUACAUGGACCAAGCCAUGGUCAAAGUCAUCGUUGAGGACGCAGAUGAACCCCCUGUCUUCACAAAGUCUACUUAUCUCUUUGACGUGCAUGAAAAUGCUGCAAUCAACACAGUCAUAGGAGCGGUAGCGGCGAGAGACCAGGACACCACACACAGCCAAGUCAGGUAUUUUAUUGAUAGACACACUGAUUUAGAGAGGCAGUUUAACAUCAAUGUCGAUGACGGGAAGAUCACAUUAGCUAAACCUCUGGAUAGAGAGACGGAUAUGUGGCACAAUAUCACCGUGACAGCCACUGAAGUUCGAAACCACAGUCAGAUUUCCAGAGCCACAGUGGCAAUCAAAGUGCUGGACAUAAACGACAACGCCCCUGAGUUCGCCACCGAGUACGAAGCCUUCCUUUGUGAAAACGGCAAACCUGGACAGGUGAUUCAAACCAUCAGCGCUGUGGACAAAGACAAUCCUUCCCAGGGACACACUUUCCACUACCGCCUGGAGAUGCUCAACAAUCCCAAUUUCACCAUCAAAAACAAUUUAGAUAACUCAAUCAGCGUUCUUGCCAAGCACGAUUCCUUUCGGCGACAGAAACAGGAUACGCACCUCCUUCCCAUCGUCGUGACUGACGACGGCGAGCCUCCAAUGAGCAGCACGAACACUUUAACUAUCCGGGUGUGUGGCUGCAGCAGGGAAGGCAUUGUGCAGUCGUGUAACGUCGAAGCUUUUGUUCUUCCCAUUGGUCUCAGCAUGGGAGCUCUGAUUGCUAUUCUAGCUUGUAUAAUUCUACUUCUCGUUAUCAUGGUCUUGUUUGUGACAUUGAGGAGACACAAGAACGAGCCUCUAAUCAUCAAAGACGAUGAGGACGUGAGGGAGAACAUCAUCCGUUACGAUGAUGAGGGAGGCGGGGAGGAGGAUACGGAGGCCUUUGACAUCGCCACCCUGCAGAACCCAGAUGGUAUCAACGGCUAUCUGCCCAGGAAGGACAUAAAGCCUGACCUGCAGUUCAUGCCCAGACAGGGUCAGCACUCGGGUCCGAACGGAGUAGACGUGGAUGAAUUCAUCAACGUACGGCUUCACGAGGCAGACAACGACCCCACGGCUCCACCGUACGACUCCAUCCAAAUCUACGGCUAUGAGGGCAGGGGCUCCAUCGCAGGGUCCCUGAGCUCCCUCGAAACGGCCUCCUCAGACUCAGACCAGAACUAUGACUACCUUAGAGAGUGGGGGCCGCGCUUCAGAAGACUGGGCGAGCUCUAUUCUGUGGGCGAGAGCGACAAAGAGACUUGACCUCCAAGCGCCACGGACCUUUUGCUUUUGUCCACAUUACAUGUGUAUUAUGCUACGGGGAUGUUAGACACUGCUGUUUAAAAGGGGGAGUGGGCGCCUUUUUUAAAAACUUCUUAGAGACGUAAUAGCAUUAGUCAUCUACCACAUCAGAGUGCAUCGUAACGUCAGAACUUACCAGUGUCUAUAGUAGGAGGUCAAUGAUUUUUGUGGAGUGUGAGUUUAGAUUACCAUCAUUGAGUGUCUAGCAGUAUUUUGGGUAUUUGUUGUUCACUGUGACC